UGGUGGAUUUGAACUGCCGACCUUUUGGUUAGCAGGCAUAGCUCUUAACCACUACACCACCAUGGUUUCCAUAUACAUAUAGAUAUAUAUAAUCACAUAUAUUUAAAUUUCUUAUAUACUCUAAAGACUCUACUGUCAUGAGCCCAUGAAUUUAAUACUCUCUUGGUUCUUCAAAUUCAUGGACUUCGGGCUUUCAAUACACGAACUCAGGCUUUGAAAGUCAUGCUACAAGUUGGAAGGCUGUGCAUCACCCCCAGGUCAUUUCCCUCUAGUUUGCCGAUUUCCCAUCACUGACACAAACACACCAGCUGGCGCUCCCGGCCCCACCAAAGGAGAAUGUUCAAGAGGCAAGUUCAACUUGGUGGGGAAUUCCUCUCCCCUGCACACACUUGCCUGCUCCCUGGCGGCCGGGUCACAGCUGAUGGUGCAUGAAUCAGCCUCUCGUCUCAGACUGCGUACUUGCGCGCUCCGCCCCGUCAGGGGUCGGGAGGACGCUCACCACACAUAAAGCAGGCCCCCACCGCGGCGGCACCCAGGCCGCCUCGGGGCUGGACACGGCGCACCUUCCUCCCGCCCGGAGCAUUCCUGCGACACAUCGCCCCGCGGGCCGAUCGGACGUAGGCGCCAUGAACCCUGCUGGCCCGAUCGGGCUGCUGAUUCUGCCGCUGGUCCUGCUGGGGACUGCGCUGCGGGGUGCUGCCCAGGCACCGGCAGGCAAUAACGCGGAGAUUUGCCUGCUGCCCCUGGACGAAGGGCCCUGUCGAGCCCGAAUCCCCAGUUACUACUACGACAGGUACACGCAGAGCUGCCGCCAGUUCAUGUAUGGGGGCUGCGAGGGCAAUGCCAACAAUUUCGAAACUCUGGCGGCCUGUGAUGAAGCUUGCUGGAGGAUAGAGAAAGUUCCCAAAAUUUGCCGGUUGGAAGUCAGUGAGAAACAAUGUGAAGAGUCCAGACAAGAGUAUUUCUUCAACCUAAGUUCCAUGACAUGUGAAAAAUUUCUGUCUGGCGGGUGUCACAACAAUGAGAACCGGUUCCUAGAUGAAGCUACUUGCAGAGGAUUCUGUACACCAAAGAGAAGCCCAUCAUUUUGCUAUAGUCCAAAAGAUGAGGGACUGUGCUCUGCCAAUGUGACUCGCUAUUAUUUUAAUCCAAGACACAAAAUCUGCGAGACAUUCACCUAUACUGGCUGUGGAGGAAAUGACAAUAACUUUGUUAGCAUACAGGAUUGCAAGAAAGUUUGCGCAAAAGCCUUGAAGAAGAAAAAGAAGAAGAUACGCAAGUUUGUCCUUGCCAGUAGAAGCCUAAAACUUCAGAAGAAGCAACUUUAACCAUUUUUCCUGUAUGUAAUUUUGUGAAUAUUGAGUGCCUUUAUGGUGAUAUCUGAAGGAAUCAUCUGGUAGCCGGAGGAAACAAAUCAGAUGUGAUUUAUUCACCAGUUUUUAUUGAUACAAGUUACGUUUUAUAUUUGCGUAUUUUUAUACAUAACUAGCUGCUAUUCAAAUGUGAGUCUGUAUCAUUUUUAGGUUAUGGUUCAACUACUUUUUUUUUUAAAAAAAAGGGAUUAAAUUCUUGUAGUGCUUAAAAUAUAAAAGCAAAUAUGUUGACUUACACAGUUCUUAGGGCUGCUGUCCCUGAUUUCAGAAGAUAACAGCAACUGAAAUAGCACAAAGCAAUAUAAUCAUGUACUUUUUACAUGUAUGGGCAUAAAAAGGAGUGGCAAAUACAUUUCAUUUUGCAUUUAAAAGUUGGAUUAUAUUGUAGGUUCUAGGAAAAAAAGCUGCAGAUUUACCAACACUUUAAAAAAUAUUCCCAGUACUAUUAUGUAGACACUACUUACUAUACCCCCAUUUCUAUUGGGCCAGAUUGUGGUGUCAAGAAUAAGGGGAUUUAUUUAAAAGAUAAUAUAAUAACUUUCUUGAGUGAAUUAAAAAGCUAAAUUUAGUAAAUUUAUUAAAAUCAGGAUUGUUCUCCUCUGGGAAAAAAAAAUGAUUGUAUCUAUCUAUCUACUGUCUCUAUGUAUUCAUUUAUAUAUGUUUGGAUAUAGACACAGAUGUUUUUAAACUUUUUUCCUAAGACGUAAUGGGUUGGAGACCACUAAAGUUGUUAAAUAUUUUGUACUGUCUAAGGUGUUUAUUGAGAAGCCUGAUGGCACGAUGGUUAAAGCGCUCAACUACUAACUGAAGGGUCAGCAGUUCGAAACCACCAGCAGCUCCGCGGGAAAAAGAUAGCUGUGGCAGUCUGCUUCUGUAGAGAUUUAUAGCCUUUGAAACCCUACGGGGCUGCUAUGAGUUGGAAUUCACUUGGCCACAGUGGGUUUAAGCUGUUUAUUUACAUUGCACCAGAAACCA